CUUGUUGCACCGGGUGUAGCCAACGAGCUAACGCUAGGCUAGUUAGGUGUAGCUAGCUUUAGAUAAUUGUCAGCGUACGCAGCUGUAGAAUGGACAUCAUAUACGCAGCCAUUGAAGGAUAGUAAUAAAAGUUGUUGGCGUUACUUUGUUUCACUUCUACAUUGCUGUUAUCGUCGGCAUCUUCGAUUUAGUUGUUUUCAUCGUUAGCGGUCCCGUGUUGCUCUGUUAGCCUGUUAGCCUCCUCAGGUAGGUGCAGCUGUGUAUGGGUGUCUGACUUAGCAGUGACUUCACCGGCAGUCUGGUUGCCUGAUCUCGCAUUUUGGACACGUCAAGGUUCCGCAAAUUUGUAUCUUCAUUUUGGGGGGUGUGAUGUCGGAACCCAAGACCCCCACUCCCACCCCUGCUGGCGACACAUACAAAGGAUGGGUGUUCAAAUGGACUAAUUACAUCAAGGGAUAUCAGCGGAGGUGGUUUGUCCUGAGCAAUGGACUGUUGUCGUACUAUAGGACCCAGGCAGAGAUGGGUCACACGUGUCGGGGCACAAUCAACUUGGCAACAGCGACUAUCACUGUAGACGAUGCCUGCAACUUUGUCAUCUCCAAUGGUGGGGCACAGACGUACCACCUGAAGGCCAGCUGUGAGGUGGAACGUCAGCGCUGGAUCACUGCCCUUGAGCUGGCCAAAGCCAAAGCGGCCUGCAUGCAGGCUGAGUCAGACGACUCCGGCGAUGACUUCUCUCCAUCAUCUCCACCGGCGGCGCCUGGACAAGGUGGAGGGUCACAAAAUUCCGAAGUCCAGUCUGCUCUUAGAACGCUAGGCAGCAAGGUGGAGGACCUCAGCACAUGCAACGACCUGAUCUCAAAGCAUGGCUCUGCCCUCCAGAGAUCUUUAUCAGAGCUGGACAGUUUACGUCUGACUGGAGAGGCUGGGGAUAAGAUUCGUCAGGUGACAGAAAGGGCCACGCUGUUCCGCAUCACCUCGAAUGCCAUGAUUAAUGCGUGCCGAGACUUCCUUGCAUUGGCUCAGGCUCACAGUAAGCGAUGGCAGAAGGCGUUGCAGGCAGAACGGGAGCAAAGAGUGAGGCUGGAGGAGACUUUAGAACAGCUGGCCAAACAGCACAAUCACUUGGAGCGAGCAUUUAGAGGGGCUGCACAGGUUAAUGCUAGUGCAGACAAUAAAAGUGCUGCCGGGCCAGGAAAAGGUGAAGCCAGCGAUGAGGACGAUGAUAACGAGUUUUUUGAUGCCAUGGAGGAGGCACCUGAGUUUAUCACUGUACCUGCAGACCCUCAGUUCCACAAACGGUCAAGCAGUAAUGUCAGUGGUUUCAACAGUGAAAUGUGCCCCGAUGAUCAGUCACUUAAUGAGGAGCCUCUUGCAAUGAACCAAGAGUCCCCCUCUCUUGAGUUGGUGCCCUUGAAGAAGAGACGGACACGCAUCCCAGACAAACCCAAUUACUCUCUCAACCUUUGGAGUAUAAUGAAGAACUGCAUCGGCAAAGAGCUGUCCAAGAUCCCCAUGCCUGUAAACUUCAAUGAGCCUAUUUCCAUGCUGCAGCGGUUGUCAGAGGACCUCGAGUACCACGAACUGCUGGAUAAGGCAGCGAAGUGUCAGAGUUCCCUGGAGCAGAUGUGCUACGUCGCCGCCUUCUCUGUGUCCUCUUACUCAACCACUGUCCACCGCACAGGAAAGCCUUUUAACCCCCUGCUGGGAGAGACGUAUGAGCUGGAUCGCCAGAGAGAGAGCGGCUACCGCUCCCUGUGCGAGCAGGUGAGCCAUCACCCUCCUGCAGCAGCACAUCAUGCCAUUUCUGAUCGUGGUUGGACUCUGAGGCAGGAAAUUACAGUUGCCAGCAAGUUUAGAGGAAAGUACCUCUCUAUUAUGCCAUUAGGCACAAUUCAUGCAAGCUUUGAAAAGAGCAACAAUCACUACACAUGGAAGAAGGUUACCACUACAGUGCACAACAUUAUUGUAGGAAAGCUAUGGAUUGAUCAGUCAGGAGAGAUAGACGUUGUGAACCACACCACAGGAGACCGCUGCCACUUGAAAUUUGCUCCUUACAGCUACUUCUCCAGAGACAUAGCAAGAAAGGUGACAGGUGUGGUGAUGGACAAAGACGGCAAGGCCCACUACGUGCUCUCAGGCACAUGGGACGAGAAGAUGGAGUUCUCUAGGGUGAUGCAGAGCAGCCGAGGAGGAGAGAAUGGCACAGAGGGCAAACAGAAGACGGUCUAUCAAACCCUCAAAGCCAGAGAGUUGUGGAGGAGGAACCCUUUACCUGAGGGAGCAGAAACCAUGUACUACUUCACUGCCUUGGCUCUGACCCUGAACGAGCCUGAGGAGGGCGUGGCACCCACCGACAGCCGACGCCGACCUGACCAGCGUUUAAUGGAGGACGGUCGCUGGGACGAGGCCAACUCAGAGAAGCAACGGCUGGAGGAGAAGCAGCGCAGCGCCCGGCGUGAGAGAGAGAGGGAAGCUGCCAGCCAACGCACCUCCAGCCAGUCAGAAGAAGCUGUCGAUGACGACUCUCAUACUGAUCCCUCCUUAAAAACUGCACUUCAUGACAACUACCAGGCACUUUGGUUCGACCGCUGUGUGGACCAGAUCACAGGUGAGCAAGUUCAUAUCUACAAGGGAGGCUACUGGGAAGAGAAGGAGUGUGGCAGCUGGGAGGGCUGCCCGGACAUCUUUUGACCUUAGCAUUGACUACGAAGUGCCCUGAUGAAACUGACCAUCGAAGCCGUCUGGUGGGCAGCUACGCAAAGGCCUGCUUGUUCCCCACUACCUGUACGGCUGCUCCCCUCCAGUGGCUCUCUGUUCUAAGAGAUCUCCAGGAUGGUCACUGCUGUCAGAUCAAGAGGGAGAGCAGGAUUUUCCCUCCCUCGUUCCAUAUCGGUCCCCGUCUCCAUGAGUCUUAGCAUCUACCCCUUUGUUUCUGUUACAUAUCUAAGAGGACUGGAAUAAAAACAUCUCUGCUGUUUGGGCUUUGACGGGGUGAGCAUAAAGGUGGAGGAGAUUAAAUGAGCAGUGCUUCCAAAUCUAUUGUAGAUUGUUGUCUGUCAGACUAGGGGCAGAAGAGGAUUCUGUUCAGCAUCCACAGCAUAGUCUGCUUUGGUAAUCACUUUAAAAAAAAGGGGGUAAAAUCUGGUUAAUAUAUACAUUUAUGUAUAAUGAUGAUUAAAAUUAUUGUCAAUGUAAUGUCAACUGGUGGCCUUCAAGACAUUAUUAAGGAUUUUUUGUUUUUUUCCCACUGAUUUAGUGUCUUAAUGAAAUGAAGUUUCUAGUGUGCUUAUAUGUAUGACUGCUUCUCUGCUCUUCCAACUCGACACACCAAGGACACUGUGCAGUGCAUUGUGCUUAAAAAUGAUUGUCACACUUUUUUAUUAGUUAGCAGAUUGUUUUUCCUAAUCGUGACUUACUGGGAAAAUAUGAUGGUAAAAAUGGUGGUGUUACUAUAAGUCCUAAACAGUUUUUCUCUUCGCCUUAGAAAUGAGCAACAUGCUCUCACUUGUACUAUGUACAUCACACACGAGUCCAUUUACCUGCUGGAGCUGUUUAUUUGAACAAACAUAAAUAACUUUGAGGAAUCCAAUGGGGAAGUGACUCCAGAUCUUCAAAAAUGUUUUUUUCACAACUAAGAAAAUCUCAAAUUAUUACAAUUUUAUUCAAUAUUGAUUAAUGAAGUGACCCUUUUUCACUGUGUUCAAAUAAUAUUUUGCCAUUUUGCCGCAAUGCCAAUGAGUUAGAUUGUUGUAAAGUGUUUUUAAAAAGAAGGAAGAGUUCGUACAUAUGCAAGUACACUUUGACACCAAAAACAUGGUGUGUGUGUCUGUCUGUCUCUGUGUGUGAGUUUGUGUGCAUGUGCGCACAUUUCAUAAUUUUGUUUGUAAGUGUACUUAAAAAUGAAGAAUAAAUGCAGAAUUUAAAAGCAUUACAAAUAACUAUGUUUUUUUUAAAUGUAUAGGAAAUCAUAUUAUAGUACUGAUAACUGUAAGGUAGUGUUUCUUGUGUUUUUGGUUCCUCGUAACAUUGGAGGAGGUCUGUCUUCAUUUUCAGGAAAAAAGGGAGUUUGUGUACUUCACUCAGAGGGGACACAUGACAUUGUUCAGUAUUUUGUAUUAACACAGAAAAAGAAAAUCUGUAAUAAAUGCUAUGAUGUCAAACAAA